AUAUUCUUAUAGAGCACACGGUAAGGCAGUCCCGGUCGCCUUUUGCCUUCACCAUACACGCCCCAUUUACUUCAGCGUUUCUCUGCCUCCCUGAACCUUCUUCACCUUUCACCCGCACGCUAGUAUAGAGUAAACACUCAAGUCAAAAUGUUCAACCCAGGUUUCUACGAUGAGGACGACCCGAUGGCCAUGUACCACCAAAUACGGCGAGGUGGCGCUCCACGCAGAUUCGACGAGUAUUUCCGCUGCUAUCCCGUUGCCAUGCUUCCCGGUCCCGAACGUGAAGAGGCAAACCAUGGCGGAAAGGUGUUCCUCCCACCCAGCGCGUUGGACAAGCUCACACGGUUGCAUAUAACAUAUCCCAUGCUGUUCGAGCUCAUAAAUGGAGCAAAAGAGAAGAAGACGCAUGCUGGUGUGCUGGAGUUCAUCGCUGAGGAGGGGAAGAUCUACCUACCGUACUGGCUGAUGCAAACUCUCGGGGUUGAGCCAGGAGACCUACUUCAGGUCAAAUCAACCGAUCUACCGCUAGGCACAUUCAUCAAACUACAACCUCAAGACCCUUCCUUCCUUGAGAUCUCCGACCCUAAGGCCGUUCUCGAGAACGCUUUCCGCAACUUCUCCUGCCUUACCACUGGCGAUGUCUUCACCUUCGCCUAUAACGACAAUGUAUACAGCAUAGCUGUUCUGGAGACGAAACCGAAACACCCAAGUGGAGCAAUAUGCACGCUGGAGACCGAUCUAUCAGUCGACUUUGCGCCACCUCUAGGAUACGUCGAACCGCAACGUACAAGCGGAACCAGCACACCGAGGAGCGGAGUCGCAGGCCUGGCCGGAAAGGGUGGGACCGUGCAUUCGCAUGGAAGCAUGGCGCAGGCAAUCAACUACGCGGCGAUCGCACCUUCGUCAACAACAGCCGCUGCGGGAGCGAAAGCCACCUCUUCGAACUUCCUCACUGCAGGCCACAGGCUGAACGCCAAGAAAGGGAGUAAGACCCCGACUCCCCAGGCCUCGACUCCUGUGGGAGGCCAGUCAACGAAUCCUCCGGUCCCGAUACGGCGCACGAACGGGCCCCAACCGUUGAGACUGCCGCCUGGGAAGUUAUUCUUUGGCUAUGAGAUCAAGCCUCUUAAGAACAAGGAGAAUGAUGAGAACAAGCCACCAAAGCAUUUUGAAGGCUCAGGACAGACACUCCGCAAGAAGAAGGGUGAUAAGUAGAGAGAGUUAUAUUGCGUCACGCUACCUAGGUAGACUCACCCUGUUUCAUGGCUACAGGCGGCGUUAGAGCGGACUGGAGUCAAAAGGACUUUGCAUCUCACGGCGCGUACAAAUGGGCUUGCGGAUAUGGGACUCGGUGCAAUGGGUGCCGGGGGUUGGACGGGUUCAGUUCAGGUCGCAGAGUGGAUGGUUCGGUCGGGUCAAUAUCUCAGUAGACUUCCUAGGAACUACUAACUAAACAUAUGGUUACGCUCACGUGCUC